ACUGCACAGAUCUUCCUGGAUCAGGUUCCUGUCUGAUUGAGUACUGGAAACAUGGAUCUUGGCUAGGAGAAAUAAAGUGUCCACUCUGCAGACAGAAGGUUAUUCUUCUUUACAACGUCUCUUAUGAAAAUCAGCAGGAUAAGCAAAGCAAACAAAUUAUGUAUGACAUCAGAGAUUACAACAAACGCUUUUCAGGACAGCCUCGGCCUUUUGCAGAUUACCUCUAUGACAUGCCAUUACUUCUCAACCUUGCCGUCCGAGGAGUCUUCACCUUGGGUGGUCUUGUAGGAAUCUUCUUCCUAAGAGUUGUCAUCUGCUCGUUUGGAAUUAUUAUGAGCUUAACUUGUCCAUUUGACGUGAUGCCAGAACCUCUUUGUGGAAUCCUGGGUGCAUUCGAUGACCUGGUUGUUGUGUUCCUACUUUUAAUUUGUAUGAUAAACAUUUGUUCACAAAUGGAAUCAGAAGGAGCAAAUUUGGCAAACUCUACAACACAAAACAUCUUGUUGGAAUCUUAAUGGACCAAAGCACUGCUUCUUCCUAAAUGAAAACUGAUCAGAUCAUGAUGAGCUCUCCUGACAUUUGG